CAAUUACGAUGCCGCUGGCAGUGUUCUGAAACGGGAGAAUGUGACGUAGAACGAUAGAAAACCGAUGCGUCGCUCAGUUUGUAUUCGUGCGCGGGUGUUGUCAGCAGUGCACGCUUUUCUUCGGAAUUUUUACCGAGUACUAAUCUAGAAUUUCGCUCGAGGCUUGCACGAAGCUCGUUUCUAAGCGAUAUAAAACGCAACCGAUAAAUCGCGUCACGCGUAUUGGCCAAUCUCGAGAAAGCUACUUGAAAUGCAGAGUAGCGGCUGAAUCAAUUCGCGUGCCGGAAGAUUAACAGCUUAUCGGCGACAGAUAGUCCCCGGGUGUGCUUACGAGAGAAUCACGAAGAGACGCGGCUUCAUUGAGGAUGUCGCCAAACGAGGAGAAGACACCGCCGACGACAGACACCACGCCGGAGAUGAUGGAUAUUUGCAGCGCGACACUUAAGAGGAGACAGAUCGCGAACGCAGAUGAGGCGAAAGCCGAAGAAGAUGAUGAUACAACGGCCAAGGUCGUUUACGUACCGCGGAUCAAGUGGCCGGAUCUCGCCGCGCAAAUCUUCAUACACGGUGGUUUUCUCUACGGGCUGUACCUGGUACUCACGCAAGCGAAAUUGCUUACGACGCUAUGGGUGUUUGUAACGAUUUAUACGUCCGGCUUCGGAAUUACGGCUGGCGUUCAUAGAUUAUGGUCGCACAAGGCUUACAAAGCAAAGUGGCCCCUGCGUCUGCUUCUAGUCUUCCUCUUUACGAUAACAGGACAAAAAGAUGUGUACUCAUGGGCGUUGGACCACAGGGUGCAUCACAAAUACAGUGAAACCGACGCGGAUCCGCAUGACGUGAGGAGGGGUUUCUUCUUCGCUCAUGUGGGAUGGCUUUUUAUAACACCUCAUCCCGAUGUCGUUGACAAGCGCAAGGUAGUCGACAUGAGUGACUUGGAAGCGGAUUCCAUAGUUAUGUGGCAGAAAAGAUUGUACAUCCCUCUAUUUGCGCUUCUGACCAUUGGAUUACCGGUGGCUGUUCCUUGUUACUUCUGGUCGGAAUCGCUAUGGAUCUCAUUCUGGGUAAACUUCAAUUUCCGCUACUGCAUAAAUUUGAACAUAGCCUUCUGCGUUAACAGCGUGGCGCACAUGUGGGGACAGAGACCAUAUGACAAGAAUAUUUCACCGGUCGAAAAUGUCGCAGUAUCAAUCGCAGCCCUCGGCGAGGGAUUUCACAAUUAUCAUCAUGUAUUUCCAUGGGACUAUAAAACUAGCGAACUAGGUGAUUACCCAUUCAAUAUUAGUACUGGUUUUAUCGAUAUGUUCGCACGAAUUGGCUGGGCCUACGAUCGAAAGUAUGUCUCGCCGAGGAUGAUCCGUCGUAGAGCCCACCGAUGCGGCGAUGGAAGCCACGUUUGGGGUUACGGCGAUGUCGACAUCUCGGAAGAUGACCUGAACGAGUUGUAUGAUGAAAUGAUGAAUAAUCAUGAACUGUGAGACUAAGAAUGUGAAAGCGCAUCAUGAUCCCUUUGCAUAGUUUGAAAAUAUGUUGAGAAGCAACGUUCCCUUGGUUGUCAUAGACGUACCAUUUCAAGUCUCUCGCAGAAACAAGGACUGGAGUAAAACUGAUACCGAGAUUUGUGACUCUGUGAUUUUGAGUUUUACGUUCGAAGUACUCUACCGUCGAAAAAUAUUUAUAUUGUAAUAAUCAUGGUUAUUUAAUGAAAUGUUUUAAUCGAUAAAAACAUACAGUUGACUCUCGAUUAUAAUCCGCGAGCAGAAAAUUAAUCUUUAAUUACAAGGACCAUAAAUCGAAGACCACUUUAUAAAUUUUAUUAUAACAAAAAAAUUAAAAUUUAUGUGAUAUUUAUUUAUGAAAUCUAUAUCAUAUGUUAUUAUUUGAAAUGAGAAGGUAAUAAAUUGUACCUUGACAAAAUAUCGAAACAACGAUUGAUAAAUCAUAAAUUCGUAUAAUCGAGAGUUCAUAGAUUGCGAUAUAAAAGGCCAUUGUUUAUAUAUAUAUAUAU